AUGGCAGACCAAAAUCAGACAAGUCUACAAAUUACAGAAUUUUUUAUUGUCUGUUUUCCUAACCUUCAGGAGGGGCAAUCCCAGACAAUCCUAUUUGCUGUGUUUUUUGUGGCAUAUAUUAUUGCAUUACUUGGAAACUUGCUCUUUAUUAUGAUAGUGCUCUCUGAUUACAUGCUCCAUGUACCAAUGUAUAUCCUUAUAUGUAACUUGGCUGUCUUAGACAUCUGUAUCCCUUCUGUUACUGUACCAUCUAUGCUAUCACAUUUUGUAUUCAAUAAUCGAUUUGUUGCCUUCAGUGCUUGUUUUCUACAAACAUUUCUGUAUCUGGGUUUGGGCACAGCUGAGUCAUUUACCCUUAUGAUUAUGGCAUAUGACAGAUACUACGCAAUAUGUAAGCCUCUUCACUAUUCUUCUAUUAUGACCAGCAGAAAAGCUAUACAACUGUCCAUCAGCUGUUGGAUUGUGGGAAUGAUGUCCCCAGUGGUUCCAAUUUACUUUGCUCUUAAGUUACCCUUCUGUGGACCAUACAAAAUAUAUCACUGUUUUUGUGAUUACGCUGCAGUUUUCAGAUUGGCUUGUGCUGAUGUCAGUUUCCACGCACUCAUCAGUUUGACACUUGCUUUGUUAGUGCUUCUAAUUCCAAUGUUCUUUAUUGUUCUUUCCUACACAAAAAUCAUAAUGACAUUGUUAAAAAUUACAACAUCUGAAGGCCACUCUAAAGCAUUUUCUACUUGUGCAAGUCACCUACUUGUUAUAUCCAUAUUCAUAUUUGUUGCUGUGUUUGUUUUUGUUUCUUACAAAAUAUCUGGUUUUCCUGUAGAUAUUCGAAUUUUAGGAGCUGUACUGCAAAAUAUAUUACCACCAAUGGUGAAUCCUAUAAUUUACUGUUUGAAAACAAAGGAAAUCAGAGAGAGUUUUUACAGAACAAUUAAAAAAAGAUGA